GUCGUCUGGCCAGCCAGCUCUGCUGCCGCAGAGACCCGGGCGCCGGCUCGCAUCGUCACCGCAGCUACCCGCUGCACUGCUGCUCCAGAGAUGCUCAGCUACGAGCACUCGCUUGCCGAGGCGUCGGCCAGCGCCUCGCGGCCCGCCGUCGCCGCCGCGACGGGGCAUGAUGCGGGCGCCGCGGCGAGGGGCCCGAAGCUGAGCUGUCUGCCGUGCCGCAAGCGCAAGUCGAAGUGCGACCGCGGCGAGCCAUGCUCCUCGUGCGUGCUGCGUAGCACCGAGUCGUUCUGCUACACCGUCUCUGAGCUGCCCGAGGGCUCGGCCGUGGCGUCGCGGUCGAGCAAGAUCAUCGGAGAUCGGCAAGCGGGCAAUGGCGGGCCCACCAACGGCGCCGCGCGCGAAGACGCGAGUCCCAACAGUGCCAACAGCAUCGACCGCAGCCCGCGCGACGAGCUGCCGGGUGCACCUCGCAGCGCAAAGCGCAGCCGCUUGAACACAAACGAGUUCUCUGCACGACCUCCGUCGGCGACAGAGACGCCGUCGCCUCGGCCUCACCCGCCUCCCACGCCCUCGAGCUCGAGCCAUACAGGCAGGAGCACGGCUGGCGCGGCAGAUCUAGCGACUGUGCGCUCGAUGCUCAGCUCUAUCCGCUCGAAUCUGGAGAGUGUCGAGAAAGCUGUGCCAGCGCUGGCUUCGGCCUCGUCUGCAGUGCCAGAAGCGACAGGGAGAGACUUGCGGUGGGCAGAUCUGGCGCCGCACUUGCCGUCCCCCGACGACUGCAUGACGCUGUUCCAGUGCUUCUUCAGCGAGCUGGACUGGCAUGUCUCGUGCCUGCAUUCCGGCACCUUCUACUGGGUCUGGCACCAGCUGCAGGCCGGGCAUCGCAUCUCGCGCUACUCAGCGACCAUCUUCUACACUGUUGUCGCGCUCACGCUGGCGCUGCGACCGACAGCGCACAAGGCGGCACGCAUCACGAAUGCGCCGCACUCGCACAGCGAGUACGCGGAGCGUGCGCACCAGCUGCUGCAGCCACAAGGCGGACCCGAGGACACUGGCCUGAACUUCACGCGUCUGCAGGCAGAGACGUGCAUCUGCCUCUAUCAGGUGCUGGCGGGAGGGCAUGACGGCAGCGAGAAGGCGUGGUACUACGUCGGCGCUGCCAUCCGGCGGGGCAAGGCUCUGCAGCUCUUUGAUGAGGGCCACUGGCGCGCGUGGGAGAUGAGCGCGCUGCAGAAGGAGCUCUGGCGGCGCGUCGCUCACGAUCUCGCGACGCUUGACCGCUGGCUGGGCGUGCUGUAUCAGCGUGCGAUGGAUCUCGAUGCGCCGAUUGCUGUCGAGCAGCCCGAGUACGUGUCGGCAGACUGCUGGGACACCACGACGGGCGCGCGCAUCGAGCCCAGCACCGCCUCGCCGAACUCUUCGGCCUAUCUCGUCUCGCGCAACCAGUAUUCGGAGCUGAUUUUGCAGCUGCAUCGCUUCCUGCGCACGCUGGCCAACACGCCGCCAGCAGAGCGAUAUGCCUCCGCACUGGCCAUCGACGCGCGCUUCGUCGAGUCCGAUGCCCGCCUGCCGUCCGAGCUGCGCUUCGAGAACGCACGCGCCAACAUGACGCCCAACGACCCGGCCAGCCACGUCACCGCAGCGCAGGCCAUCGUGCGGCACUGCAGCACGCGCUACCUGCGCUGCAGCCUCAUGCGCCCCUUCCUGCUCGACCGCGCGGCGCCUCCGAACCUCCGGUAUGCGGCGCUCGAGCACGCGCGCAAGAUCCUCGAGACGAUGCCGACUCUGUGAGUGCCGCUUUGCUCAGGCACGUUGACGCUGCUGACGCGCGGUGACAGCGUCACGCUCGCGUCGUGCCCCUGGGUCGCGUUCCAGACGAGCUGGAACAGCCAGCAUCUCUUCGUCGCCGCCACGACGUUCGCGACA